CACAAUUUUUGCGUACCACACGAUGGCCAUUUUUUAAUGGGAAUCAGCUCUGACAGUUCGUCAGAUCGCUCGUAAGACGAAUUUAAAAAAGAAGAAGAAUGUACCAUGUUUUUACAAAUUAAUAUUAUGCAGAACUUACGAUUAGUAUUACAUACAAGGAUUGUUAAGCAAUCAAGAUGUUUAAAUACAUCUAGUAUUUCAUAUUUUAAUCAAAAAUGGAGGAAAGAAAGAGGUCUCCCUUUGAAUCCAAAUGCUUGUGGAGUAUUAACAGAUGCGCCUGAUUACACAUUCUUAGAUGGUAGAUUGACACCGUAUGGAGAGGGACAAAAAGAAAGAAUAAAAAAGCAACAACAAAUAAAACAAGAUAUAAUUCGUUUUACUGAUGAAAUCGAUUUUGCAGUUGAUCGAUAUAAUAAUUUAUUACAAGCAGAAGAAGAUAGGAAGAAAGCUAUUUUAGAUAGAAAAUUGAAACCAAAAGGAAUUAAUUUAUUAAAGAAACACACUACUAGUUAAUAUGAAUGUUAUUUCUUAGUAUAAAUAAAUAAAUAAACUUUAAAUCCAA